UACAAUUGAGUACUCGGGUCUCUUGUUAUAUCGGGUUUCGGGUCCAAACCCGAUAAUCUAAAAGACCAGCAGCGCUAAGGACACCGGCUUUCGGGUUUCCACUUUCCAUAUCGAAGUCGAAGCCGCCAUUGCUCGCAGUCUACUCCCUGGUCCUUGAUGGCGGAGGAGAAAUGGCGGAUGAUCCGCCCCUUCUUCUUCAUCCUCGCGCUUCAUUGCCUCGCUGUCUUCCUCUACACCCGUGGCUUUCUCCUCACACGCACGGAGCUCUCCUCCUUUAGCCGAUGCUCGGAUGAUCACCCAUGCUCAGCUCCCCUCAACUCCACCGCCCAUUCUGAUCCCUUUCAACGUCCAGAUCGAGAUCAUGAUCAGUGGUGCUGGACCAGGCCGGCAGUUGACCGGAUUGUCAUCAUUGUCCUCGACGCACUCCGCUACGACUUCCUCUCGCCGAGCACUUUCUUCAAAGAGAAGAAACCAUGGAUGGACAAGUUGACAGUGCUGCAGAGGUUGGCCGCCAAGGAACCAUUAUCCGCUAGAAUUUUUAAGGCCAUUGCGGAUCCUCCGACGACUAGCUUGCAGCGUCUCAAGGGUUUGACUACUGGUGGGCUUCCAACCUUUAUUGAUGUGGGAAACAGUUUUGGAGCUCCAGCAAUUGUUGAAGAUAACUUGAUACAUCAGAUGGCUCAAAAUGGAAAGAGAGUGUUGAUGAUGGGUGAUGACACAUGGUUGCAGUUGUUUCCUAAUCAUUUCAAAACAGCGUACCCUUACCCUUCCUUUAAUGUUAAAGAUCUGGAUACGGUGGAUAAUGGUGUCGUCAAACACUUGUUUCCAUCAUUAUACCAGGAUGACUGGGAUGUCCUUAUUGCUCAUUUUCUUGGUGUGGAUCAUGCAGGACAUAUAUUUGGUGUUGAUUCAAUGCCAAUGGUACAAAAAUUGGAGCAAUAUAACUCUAUUCUAGAGAGAGUUGUUGAGGUUCUCAAGAACCAGUCUGGACCUGGUGGGCUGCAUGAGAAUACUUUACUUAUUGUCAUGGGGGAUCAUGGCCAAACCUUAAAUGGAGAUCAUGGAGGAGGAACUGCAGAAGAGGUUGAAACAUCACUAUUUGCAAUGAGUUUGAGGAGUCCUCCACCUUCUGUAUCAUCUAUCCUUGAUCACAGCACUUGCAAACUGGAUUUGGAAGGAGAAAUGAUAUGCACAAGCUCCAUGCAACAGCUUGAUUUUGCAACAACUUUGGCAGCACUUCUUGGUAUACCCUUUCCUUUUGGAAGUAUUGGGUGUGUUAAUCCAGAGCUUUAUGCCUUGAGUGGUGGUACAUGGGAUGGACAAUGGACUAAAAAUAGAAAUCAAGAGUACUGUUCAGAUUUGGAAGAAUGGAUGCAAACCUAUACAAAUGUUCUCUGCAUAAAUUCUUGGCAGGUAAACAGAUACAUUGACAUGUAUACUUCAACUGCAGUUAUUGGACUUCCUUCUGAAGACUUGCGCCAUCUCAGAGAAUUAUAUACUCAAGCACAGACUAACUUGCAAAAUUCCAUUAGUUCGACAUGCUCUGAGUCAACCCUUCAAAGGCAAAUUGAUGCUUAUUCUGAUUAUUUAGGAAGUGUGGCAAAGCUUGCUCGAUCUGCAUGGACUGAAUUUAAUUUAAUCUUGAUGUUUGCUGGUCUCUGUGUGAUGAUACUGUCCAUUUUCGUCCAGAUUUUCUUUAUCCUAAGAGUAAACAAUCUACUUGAGUUAAACUAUCUGGUGUCAGGUAUUACUUCCAGUCCUUUCAGGCUAGCAUCUGCUCUAGCUUUGGUGGUGAUCCGAGCAGCAAGUUUCCUUUCAAACAGCUACAUAUUGGAAGAAGGGAGAGUGGGAUGUUUCCUUUUGGGCACAACUGGUAUACUUAACCUGUGGUCUUCAAUCAGGAGAGGGAAAUUGACAAUAGAAGAACCUGCAUUUCUUUUUCUGAAUAUUAUUCUGAGGUUUGGGAUUAUGAUUGGCCAGUCAAAGAAGAAUGUUGGUUCAACUUCUAUGGAUGCACACCUAUAUGCUUUUAAUAUUUCAUUGGAUGUCAGAAAGCAAUUUUUAGCAAUUCCCAUGGCGCUUCAAGAUUUGGGGAAGAAUUUUGCCCCCCGUAUAAUCUAUGCCAUCGGAUUUGGGCUUCUAACUUUAAUAAUGCUUUGUAAAAAUCUAAACCAGAAGGAGCAGCCUUCAUCUCCAGCUGAACAAACCACUACUGCAACAGUAGCCAUGCUUUGUGCUUGGAGUCCUACUGUCCUAAUUCUUUUAGGAAGUCAAGGUCCACCUGUGGCUUUAAUAUAUUUAUUCGGAGCAUGGUGCAUAAUAAGGUCGCAUAGGGGAGUUCAGAUGGAAGCUCAAAGCCAGAAGGAAGUCCUAGUCAAUGACCCCAUUUCUAUCACACAAUGGAGCCUUUUGGGUGUGUGCCUUUUCUUUUAUACAGGUCACUGGUGCACAUUUGAUGGUCUUCGAUAUGGAGCUGCUUUUGUUGGAUUUGAUGAAUUUAACAUAGUCCGCCAAGGUCUUCUUCUUGCAAUCGACACUUUUGGUGUGCUUCACAUCAUUCCGGUCAUGAGCCUUCCACUACUUGUAACGCUUAAGCAUUGUUACUCCAAGCACAGCCAAGUAAAGGCAGUUCUUUUCUUAGUCCUGACUCAGCUGUUCUUGAGUUAUGGUUUAAUCACAGCAGUGACAACUACAUUUACAAUAGUGUGUGUUACAAUUCAGAGGCGACAUUUGAUGGUGUGGGGAUUAUUUGCACCAAAAUACGUUUUUGAAGUCCUGGGCCUGCUUCUGACGGACAUCUUAAUUUGCCUGGCUUCUCUCUGCUACUACUGAUGAGAUAAUAUGCGCAUGUGAAGCUAAAAAGAUGAUUGAGGGGAAGAGCAUCAUUGCAGAGUAAGGGAAAGAUGAAAGGCGUCGUCUUGUUUGCCAGAUGAUGAAGAUAUGAACAUCAGAAGACGGUUAUGUCGGCAAGGUGGUGAUAAGAGAGGAAUAGAGUCCAUGUGGACUAGUGGAUGUGGUCUGUUGCUCUUCAGCCAAA